AUGGCGACUACCGUGGAAGAGAUUUGUCCGUCGGAAGAAACACUUACACAACGAGAAAGUGAAGCUUCUAUUCAAUGUCCUACACCCGGAUGUUCGAGAGUAUUCCAUAAUCGUCCAUGCCUCAGAAUGCACCUUGUUAAAACUCAUGGCGUCGCUGCGAAUGAUGAAGAAAGAGGUCGUUAUAUUCGUGGGCAGAAGACUACAGUUAAAAAACAUUAUUAUUGCCCAGUGAAGCACUGUGUGCGAGGACAGGGUACAAAAAGACCUUUUCCUCGUAUGUCACAGCUGAAGCAGGUAAUAUUAUCAAACAAAAUGAAGCCAGAUUUUUUUUAAAAUUUAUGUGAGUAGAGGAUCAAUUAUUAAAAGGAGAAAUAUAAAAUAUGGAGAGCAAAAUUUUGACCCUUCGGACAAAUUUUUCAAAGGUGGCGACAAAGAGGUGCAGAUGGCAUCAUUUAGAAGCCAAUUGCAGUGCAUAGUUCCCAAAACCCUAUAGCAGGGUGAUCAUUAGGCAUCGGAGAUAGGAGAAUUCUCCAGUUACCACUAGGUAGCCUAUUACUAUUUUUUAUUCAGACGUGGGGCCUCUUUCAAAAUAUUCUCCUGUGAUGUUACACCUUUCUCCUGCUACUAGAAUUUGUGAUGAAAAUCCUGCCUAUAGACUCACACGCAUACUACACUACAUACUGUACUAGCAAGAAGAGUUACCUCGAGAUGGUGCAGUUUGUAUAUGAAAUGUACUAUAAGUCACUGACAAAGACAUUAUAUAACAUCAAAGGUUAUUUAUGGUAACAGACUAUUAGUGCUCUGGUAGAACUUACACUAUUGCUUUCAUUCUUCUUCCAGCACUACAUGACAGUUCACGCAGAGAAAAAGAAUAUCUGUAGCAAGUGUGGCAAGGGAUUUGGUCUACUAGAUGCUUGUCGUCGCCAUGAGCUUAAGUGUGGACAGCUGUUUAACUGCUCUUGCGGAUGUCCUUAUACAACACUGGAAGCACUUCUCACUCACGCAAGAAGGCAGAUGCAUAAAGUGCCUGAAUGCUACCAAACAAAGAAAGAAAGGUGCAUUAUUUAAUGUCGUUCUUACUCAUCCUUAGCUUGCAUCUAAACAAUUCCUAUAUCAUCACAAUUGUUUUUUUCUAACCAUAACUGCAAAAUAUUGUCAAGAGUGGCUUCUGCACCCUCUACCUUGCUCUUUACCAUGACUUACACAUGAAGUUUAAUUUCUGGGGAUAUCAUAGUGGUGAAAACAAGUUAUCAAAUUAAUGUUUUAUUACUUAGUGAUCGGCAGAGGGCUUAACCUCCUUCAACGGAAAUGCAUGUAAGUGAACUAACUUUUGUGGUGAAAAAUAGUACAAUUUAUGCUUUCUGGGGUGUCUAUUUUUAGAGAACAGGCAAGAAAACUUAAAAUUAAAUGUAGUCCUGGUAGUUGUCCUUCUCCUCAAAUCUAAGACUGUCUAAUAUUUUUGUUUCCAGCACAAAACCAGUAAUUCCAGCUACAAAAACAGUGGCUUUAGUUGUUGUCAAUACAGCUGACCCUGUGAGUCAAACUAGGGAAAAGAAUUCUGGAAAGAAAGGGAGACCAGGCCAACAGAGCAUGAAACCAUGUCUGAUUCUUCCUAAACCUGGCCCUGAAGGUUACUCUAUAAGAAAAGUUGCCAAGUCUGUGCAAACACAAACACCACUGGGAAUGCAUAGCAUGCAUACUCAAACACCCAGGUGUUGGCCAAAUGCAGAGCAGGGGUGCGACACCUUCACACAGGCACCCCCACCAACUAAUAAUCAGCAGUUUCAGUUCAAUACCAGUGCGGACAAUCUUCAACUAGGCUUGAGCCAAGCUUCAGUGGGAACGCAAGUGGCCAUGUUUGCAAAUCAAUGUGAUUUUGGUGUAGGUACUGAUGAUAGCUUCCUGGCACAGUUAGGGUGUAUUACAGGACACCCAGCAAGACAGCCUUUUCAAUAUGCAUCAAACCUUCCACAGGAUACCCAAGUUGAACAGCUUCCUCCUAUUACCACUUUUGUCGCAGCACAGGAGAGGUCUGCAUUUGUUUCUACCAAUGAGAACUCUAUGCAGACACUGACCAUUGAUCCUUUAUGUUUGAACAAUCAAACACAAACAAAUCUCACCAACACAGAUGAGCUUAGACCUUUAAACAGUACCCAAACCCAGACUUGUGGCUUAGAACAGGUUCCCCUGGAAGACAAUGAAACACAGACUUUAAUUUCGUUGUUGGGCAUCGACACUGCUAACUCUAUUGACUCGGGCACUCAGACGCAGCACUUUCUUGAUGAUUUGUUCUGUGCUCAAGAUAUUGAACUUACAGAGUCUCAAACCCAAACAUGGUUCUCUGACUACCCACUCACCUCUCCUGGUCUCGAUAGUAGUGGAAGUGAUUUUGUGUACAAAGCGCUUGAUGAUUUAGUUGAUAUACACACACAGACUUCGAUUGUCAUGUCUGACUUUAGUGAGCUAUCUGGAGACACAGUAUUUGCCAACUCUCAAACUCAAACAUUACAAAGUGACUUUGGUGGCUACAAUGUCUUGUCUUCAAGUGCUCAGACAGACACCCAUUGGGCUCAAGUGGCACAGACUGUAGGACAGGUCAGCAAUGGCUCUCUCAUUUCUACAAGCUGUCAAACACAAACAUAG